GUUACGUUUUUUUAUUUGAGUAGUAGUGUGAUCUUUGUUUGUAUAUUUACGUGUGUGUAGUAUCGGUGUAUAAAAAUUGUACCUGGUACACGUGUAUUUUCGUUUAUUAUUCUCAUUAAGUUUAAUUUUGAAAUCUUAUUGCAUCUGCAAAAUAUGUAGAAGAACUUUUAUAAUUUAAUUAUAAUCAUUUAUUUUAAAUAAUGAUGUUCGCUCUAGUACAACUCUUAUAAAAUUAAAAAGUAAUUUAUUUAAGUGGUUAAAAACAAUAAUUUUAUGCUUAUUAAGUUAUAGAUUAUGUAGGCUCAAUAGUGAAUUUUUUUUUUUGGAUUUAAAUACAAAACAUUUUAAAUAUGUCGCCGUAUAGUAGAGAACAUCAUACUGCUAUAGUAGCUCCCGUAUCUACCGCCUCGCCUAUUAUUGAAGAAUUCGGGAAAAGAAAUGAUAUUUGUGGUUUACCAACAUCUUUUCAACAACACAAUAAAUAUCCCCAAGAGUCCGGAAAACCUGGUUCAGGAUAUUCUACUGGUUUUUCAGUGCUUCGACGUUUACUUCGAUGGUGGUUGGCUAGAUUUGGCCAAAAACCAUUAGGCAAAAAAGGUGUGUUGGAAAUGAGCGCUGCAACAGAAAGCGGUAUCCGGUUAAGCGGGCACACCCUAGACAAAGCAACGAAGGCGAAAGUAACACUUGAAAACUAUUAUAGUAAUCUGAUAGCUCAGCAUAUCGAACGUAAACAAAGAUUAGCUAAGUUAGAAGAAACUUUGAAAGAUGAAAGCCUUUCGGAGCAACAAAAACAAGAAAAACGUCAGCAGCAUGCCCAAAAAGAAUCAGAAUUUCUUAGGUUGAAGCGAUCGAGAUUAGGAGUUGAAGACUUUGAACCUUUAAAAGUCAUUGGUCGAGGUGCUUUCGGAGAGGUAAGACUAGUCCAAAAGAAAGAUACUGGGCAUAUAUACGCAAUGAAAAUUCUUCGCAAAGCAGAUAUGCUCGAAAAAGAACAAGUUGCCCACGUACGUGCUGAAAGAGAUGUUCUUGUAGAAGCUGAUCAUCAAUGGGUCGUCAAAAUGUAUUACAGCUUUCAGGAUCCCAUAAACCUAUACCUUAUAAUGGAGUUCCUGCCUGGCGGUGACAUGAUGACACUUCUUAUGAAAAAAGACACUCUAAGUGAAGAAUGCACUCAAUUUUACAUUGCUGAAACAGCAUUAGCAAUUGACUCAAUUCAUAAACUCGGAUUUAUACACAGGGAUAUAAAACCAGACAAUCUACUUCUGGAUGCCCGAGGUCAUAUAAAAUUGUCUGACUUUGGACUUUGUACUGGUUUAAAAAAAUCACACCGAACUGAUUUUUACAGGGAUCUUAGUCAAGCUAAACCUUCUGAUUUUACUUCGAAUCCCAUGGAUAGUAAAAGGAGAGCAGAAAGCUGGAAAAGAAAUCGUCGAGCAUUAGCUUACAGUACUGUUGGUACACCUGAUUACAUUGCACCUGAAGUAUUUUUGCAGACUGGAUAUGGUCCUGCAUGUGAUUGGUGGAGUGUUGGUGUUAUAAUGUAUGAAAUGUUAAUAGGCUAUCCACCAUUUUGCAGUGAAAAUCCUCAAGAAACUUAUCGGAAAGUAAUGAAUUGGCGAGAAACUUUAAGUUUUCCUGCUGAAGUACCCAUUAGUGAAGAAGCCCGUGAUGCUAUUACUAGGUUUUGCUGUGAUUCUGAUAGAAGAUUAGGCAAUAGUGGGCGAGGAAUUGAUGAGCUUCGCUCAACAAUAGCAUUUUUCCGUGGUGUUGACUGGGAACAUAUCAGAGAGAGGCCAGCUGCUAUACCAGUGCAAGUUAAAUCCAUAGAUGAUACCUCUAACUUUGAUGACUUCCCAGAUGUGAAACUUGAAAUACCAUCAGCCCCACUUCCUCAGGAUGGUGAAGUUAUUUACAAAGACUGGGUAUUUAUAAACUAUACUUUUAAAAGAUUUGAAGGGCUCACACAGAGAGGCAUAGCAACCAAAAAGUAAUUUGGAGAAAUCUAAUAGUGCAAUGUGAUAUUUUUUAUCAAACCUCCACAGCUUUUAUUUCAUUUUUCAUCAGCUUAUUUUAAUAAAUAACUUUAUUAGCAUUAUCAGGCCAUGAUCUCAAUUAGAAAAUUUUUUAAUAAUUAUUGCUAAUAUUUAAUUUUUUUAAAAUACCAUUAAG